AUGCCGCCGCCGAACUGCACAGUAACCCAAAGGCAUUUUGCAGAUGUGGGACCGGUUUUAGCGCUGGUGCUGGCUGACUUCGGACAUAGAGCCUUACAAUACUGGACGACACACGUGACCAUCCAGUCUUACAAGGCUUAUACAUCGGGUAACCUAGGUGGCGCACGCCCAAAACGUCUGGUCACGAGACUAACUACGUGGGGCAUAUGGUGCUUUCUGUUAUCUUAUCACAGAAGACUUGAUAAACUCAACAAUUUCAAUUCUUACGCAUCUAGAAUAACGGGAGAUACAAUCGUCGGAAUUCUGCUCGCAGCGCCGGUUACACGCUACAACCAAAGAGACUGGGCAGCUUUAUCAUUUUGUGUUGCAUUGCAGCCCAGAUUUAUGAUCGGAAACACCACACAAACACCCAUCACCGCGAUAGGCUUCUUCCACGACUGA